AGCACCGCUCUGACCUAAACUCUGGUUUCUAGCGACUGCAGUCCUCACUUUUGCCCGGUUCCUAACCUAAACUGAUGGACAGUUAUAGUGUAGAAGGAGAGCAUUCAGCCUCUCAAGUUCAAACCAGUCUGCAACAAUCCAACUACACUAAUCCUAAUUUCUAACUACUGGCCAAUAGCUCUGGCAGCACAAGUGAAUAUCAAAAUACAGCUUAAAUGUUUCUGAAUCAACCACCCUUUUAGGUAGCGAUUUCCAAACUCUCACCACCCUCUGAAUGAGAGCAUUUCUCCCCAAUUCUCCUCUUUGCCUUCUAUUUAUUGCCUUAAAUUUAUGCCCUUUAUUAAUUGACCCCUUUAGCAAUGGAAAAUGAGUCUCCCUUUCCAUCCUAUCUGUGCCUCUCAUCAACUUAUUCACACCUAUCAGGUUUUCUCUCAAUCUUCAUUACUCCAAGGAAAACAACCCAAUCUUUCCUCAUAGUUCAGACCGUCCUGCUGAAUCUAGUGAAUCUCCUCUUUUCCCUCUCGAGUGCAACCACAUCCUUUAAUGUGGUGACUAGAACUACGCACAGUACUCCAGUUGAGACCUAACCAGCAUUUUAUACAGUUCCAGGACAGCCUCCUUGCUCUUGUAUUCUCUCACAUAACACCAGGUUAUAGCCCAACAGGUGAAGGGGCUACACUCCGAAGGCUUAUGAUUUCAAAUGUACCUAUUGGACUAUAACCUGGUGUCACGUGACUUAUAACUUUGUUCGCCCCAGUUCAACACCUCCACAUCUGCUAAUAAAGGAUCAACAAUAAGGAGAGUCCCAAGCGUCUACUGACUCCGAUCAUAAAUAACUAUGACCUGCCGAACACAGGAGGUGUUGCUGGUAUCUUUGGUAUGUUGUUAUUUGAGUGGUUCUGUUCUGCUCCGAUCCCUGAGUCAGGAUGCAGUCAUCAACCUGAAGUCUGUCCAGGAACUGGCCAAAGACCUAGGCUUUCAAUGGACCAUCGUGGCCUGUGAGCUGGGCUUCAGCAGAGCAGAGAUCAGCCACUUCCAUAGAGCCUCCCUGGAGAAAAAGGUGCAAGCAAGGAAAAUGCUAGAGAGCUGGUACGAGAAAUCCUGGAACAAAGUGAACAAAACAAAGAUGCUGCAGGAUGCUUUGGAAAGGGCUGGGAGGAAGGAUUUGGCAGAUAAGCUACAGUGUCUGCACUGGGGUCACCAGAAACUCAGUCGGCGUGUGGAGCUACCCUCAGCCUUUCCCUUUCUCAUCACCAUACACAAGACCAUUAAUAACCGGGAAGGGUUGCAAAAAAUCAAUCAGCUCAGCCAUAAAUAAUAAGGAAAUCCAUUCACUGCUGUGCCUUUUAACAGUACUUUAGAAAGUGCCCGGUGACAUUAAUCGACUUAAAAUGUUGCUCUUGUUGUACUGGUGUGAGAGGCUUAGUAAAACCAGAAGUCUUUUA